UAUAUAUGGCCGGCGCUUCUGGAGGCCUGAAACACUCCUGGAUUUACUCGGAUAGAUUCACUUCCUCUGCUCUCGGAGAACACACACACACACAGCGAUCAUGGUGAAGGUGUUUUCUGUGGACUGGCUCGCUCAAAGCGUUCAUGAUGCGACUCCUCAAGCGGCUCUGGAGCCGGAGAAGAGGACGCACAGGCCUCAUGUGCCGUGUGUGGUUCAACCCAGACCUCCAACAUCAUAUGACAAGGUUUAUCUGCAACCAAAACCAAAACCAACCAAAGCCGAGGAGAAACCAGAAUCCUCAACUCCGGUUGCGCCAAGAAACUGCUCAUCUCCAAGCUUUUCAGAAAACAGUGGUUAUUCGUCUGGUUAUGAGAGUGAAGCGGCCGCGUCGGAAUGCGCGUCCGUCGAUGAUGUAAACGACGGUGCCACGCGCAGAAUCAGAACUAAAUUCACACCGGGACAGAUCGACAAACUGGAGAAAAUCUUCAACAAGCACAAAUAUCUGGACGCGGGAGAGAGAGUGAAAACCGCGCUGAAGCUCGGUCUGUCAGAAACACAGGUCCGAACCUGGUUCCAGAACCGCAGGAUGAAGCUGAAGCGCGAGGUCCAGGAGAUGCGCGCGGACUAUAUGCUGCCUCCCGUGGUUCUUCCGCACGUGCACGCGCUUCAGUACCAUUGCUUCGACCGACAGCGACUUCCGUUUGCUCCUCACGGGCCUUUGAUGCAUCAGCAGCACGUGAUGCCACAUCUUCCUCAUCAUCAUCAUCAUCCUCAUCAUCACCUCAUGAUGCCAAGGCAACAUUACUACUGAAGACUCUUUCCUUUAAAAACACUUAUAUCACAUCCUGUGUGCAAUAUCUGUACAGUUUGUUGGAAAAAAAAGCUGGUUUAACUAAAAAAGAAGAGUUUAUUUAUGAUCAGAAAUAAAGUAUGUUUUAUGCACAAAGUUUACUUGGUGAUUUGUUCGUGUUUUACACGCUUAAAGUUGUUAUAGAAGUGAUUAGAUCUGAAAAAUUAGUUUUCCUGAAUCAUGUUAAAGUCAU